AUGGCCACCUACAGCAGCGCCACCAUCUCCUCCACGGCAGUGGAUGUUCUUCGUCUGUACCAGUUCCACUUCGGCGCUGAUGGCGCGGCGCCGUACUCCGCGCGGCCGGCUAUGGCCACCUUCGAGUUGUACCGGAGGUCCACCAUCGGCAUGUGCCUCACCGAGACGCUCGACGAGAUGGUCUCCAACGGCACCCUCAGCCCGGAGCUCGCCAUCCAGGUCCUCAUCCAGUUCGACAAGUCCAUGACGGAUGCUCUGGAGAACCAAGUCAAGAGCAAGGUUAACAUCAAGUUAUAUCCUUUCAAGGCAUGA